AAGAAUGUUUAUGGAUAUCCGUCUGCUUACAAAUGAUUUCUGUGAGCGAUCUCAGGAAUCAAGCUUCGAGCUUUUUCAAAUAGUAGCCAUGGAGGUCGAAGGAAAAAGGCAAUGGAGCUCUCUGAUUGUACCUUCUGUUCAAGAACUGGUGAAAGACCACGAGAACAACGCUGAUGUUCCUCCAAGGUAUGUUCGGUGGUCUGAUCCAGACAAAGCUGAUGAGAUCGUCGAUGGGUUCGGCCCGAGACCCGAGAUUCCGAUCAUCGACAUGAACCGUCUGUGCUCUGAAUCCGCAAUGGAUUCUGAGAUCCAGAAGCUCGAUUUCGCUUGCAGAGAAUGGGGAUUUUUCCAGCUUGUAAACCACGGAAUAGACUCGUGUUUCUUGGACAAAGUAAAGGAUGAGAUUCAAGAUUUCUUCGACCUUCCCAUGGAAGAGAAGAGAAAGUUUUGGCAGAAACCGAGCGAGAUCGAAGGGUUCGGGCAAGCUUUUGUCGUUUCGGAAGAUCAGAAACUCGAUUGGUCCGACAUGUUCUUCGUCACCAUUCAACCUCCUCGAUCUCGAAAACCUCACUUGUUCCGCAAGUUACCUCUUCCCUUCAGGGAUACCUUAGAAACGUAUUCGAGCGGAGUGAAGGACAUAGCUAAGCUUUUAUUAGCGAAAAUGGCUCAUGCCCUGAAGAUCAAACCCGACGAAAUGGAAGAUUUGUUCGAUGAUUUGAUGCAGGGUAUGAGAAUGAAUUCCUCCCCGCCGUGUCCAAAACCCGAUCAGGUUACGGGUAUAACCCCUCACUCGGAUGCCGUAGGCCUCACAGUACUUCUACAGGUGAAUGAAGUGGAAGGUCUCCAGAUCAAGAAAGAUGGCAAGUGGGUUCCUGUCAAACCUCUCCCAAAUGCUUUCAUUGUCAAUAUUGGUGACAUCUUAGAGAUUAUAACGAACGGGACGUAUCGGAGCGUAGAGCACAGGGCGAUGGUAAACCACGCGAAAGAGAGGUUAUCGGUAGCGACAUUUCACAGCCCGGGAAUGGAUACAGAGAUCGGUCCGGCCAAAAGCCUCGUGGAUAGGCAUGAGACCGCAGUUUUCAGAUCCGUGACUACAGAAGAUUACUUCAAGGGCUUGUUUUCAAGGGAGCUCAACGGCAAAUCCUAUCUUGAUGUUAUGAGAAUAUAGACAACGAAUAAUAUUUUAUAUAUGUAUGUAUGUAUGUAUGUAUGUAUGUAUGUAUGUAUGUAUGCAUGCAUGUAUGUAUGUAUUCGUAUGUCCCAAGGCACGAUACUAUCGAUUAA